GGCUCCCAGACGCGAGAAGCUCAGUGCCAUCGAAUCUGGCCAUGGAGUCCAUGCCAGUGCCAUCCAGUGGCUCCAUCCACCACUGAGGUCCAAAGGUGGCGGCCGUGGAGCAUGGGGAGGUGACAAAGGCAAGGGCAAUGAAAAGGGAGACAAGGGCUAUGAGAAAGGAGACAAAGGAUUGGAUCCUUCCAUCGCAGCCAUGGGUCCUCUAAAGCGCCCAGCGCCCGAAACUGCUGCCUUGGAGGAGACUGAUUUGUUUCUUAAGGCGAAGAAGUUUGCGAGUGAUGGCCGCAUCUCACAUUCGGAGGCGAAGGAGCUGUGGGCAGAUGGACAUCUUUCACAGCAUGAACUGGAAGUCCUGCGACACAUCACGCAUAGCUUCCACUUCACGUACAAAGCAAUGGCCUGGAUACAGCCACUUCUGCACAGCCCGAAAAAGACGAGCUACUACCGCCAGGUACAUGGACAGCGAUAUGACAGAGAGCUGCUGGAUAUGGCAGAACGCUUUGUAAAGGACGGUCAGAUCUCGUAUGCCGAAGCUCAUAGCCUGUGGCACUCCGCCCAAGAUGGGAAAGGGGUAACGGAGGUUGAGCGGAAGACGCUGCAGUAUACGUUGGAUCAUAUGAAGUACACCACGAAGGCUGCAGCGUUCCUUCGUCUAAAGCUGGAUGAAGGAAAGGUGCAGAAGGUUGGCAGGAAGUCCAGCCUUUUACCCAAAGUUGGUGACAAGGCAAAGGUGAGACAGCUGAAGAAGGCCGAUUCCAAAGAUUCCAAAGAAAGCAAUGGAAAGCCCAAAGCUUCGGUGGGUAGCCCUGCCAAAGGGCCCAUUGGCCACGGCAAAGAUGCCAUUUCGAUAAAUCUCAGUGGGCCUGGAAAAGACGAAAAGCCUUCUGGAGGAAAGAGUCCCAGAAAGAGUCCCAAGGACAAGCAGAAGGUGCUCAUCAAGUGGAAGUGGGUCAAGAGACCCAAUUCUGGAUUUCCAGCAUUUCCUGUUGUGAUGCCAAGGAAGGCACAUCGCUUCUCUAUGGUAGUGUGUCAUCCAAUGGGCUGCUACUCCACAUUUUUUCUCGGCCCAGAGGGUCUUGUCAAGGAUCUUCUGGUGCAAAGCAAAAUGAUUCGCGACUACUGCAAGAUCCUUUGUCCUGGUGCUCGCCACAUCGAAUGGGGCAAGCAGUGGUUCAGAUACAGGAGCAACAGAGGAGGCACACGACAAUGCCACGCUGAAAUCAUCUCCACCCGCGACUUGCAACGUGCCGUCGACUUUGUCUCUGGUGUUGUGUCUUCUGAGGUUUCGACACUGGGCGCUGCUGACCGUGUGCUUUUGGGUGGCUAUUCGCAAGGCGGAUGCAUCAGCUUGGCUGUUGGCUUGGCCUUACCCUUUGACAUUGGUCUGAUCAUCUCCCAGCGCGGGAUGCUCAUGAAGCAAACGAUGGACCGCCACUCUGUGAACGGGGAAGCUGUUUCACAGACAGAAAAGGUUGGUGGGACUCACAGUGAUAAGACAUCGAAGAAGCCCGUUUAUCAUUCGAAGCCUCGCAUUUUCAUGUCCGCGGGCGUCUUGGAUGAUGUCUACUUGCUGGAGAACCAGGCUGAUGGAAGGUCAUGGCUCGAGAAAUAUGGCUGCAAAGUUGAGUUCCAGGCUGUGAAGACAUUGGACCACUAUGAGAACUCGCAUGAGGAGCAUGCUUUGGUGCGCAAGGCAGUGCUGGCUACCUUCAAGCGAGUGCCCAAAGAAUGGGUUGAUUUUUCGCAUGGUGGAAAGCCAGCCAGAGAAAGGCUGCAUGUGACCUUUGCCCUGCGAAUGAUGAAGAUCGAACACAUGGACAAGCUGGAGAAGGUUUGUGGAGAUGCUGGACCCGUUGAGCUCAAAGUGAAGGAAUUCUUUCUGUCCUUGGUGGAGCGCAUCAGGGACGCCGAAGUCUAUUGCAUAGGAGUUGCCUUCGAAAGCCCUGGCCUUCGUGCUUUGAAGGCAGCUUCCUACGAGCAAGCCAAAGACUUUGUGGAUGCAAACAGGAGUACCAUGGAGGGACGCAGCUUCAUGGUGGAUGCAAUCACCUACGAGGAUGACCGAAGGGAGCGGACGUAUUUCAAGCUGACUGGCGAUGGAGGCAUGACUUCCAUCUCAUUCGCGCCACCUUUGACGAAAGCCUUUGAUGCCAGGACCAUCACCUCCCAAAGCUGCCAGGUGGAUGGCUCUGUGCUUGAAGGUGGUGGACAAAUCUUGAGAAACUCUUUGGGUUACGUGCGCAUCAGCAAGAUCCGCGCUGGCCGGAAAACUCCUGGCCUUGCUGCACAGCACUUGGAGUCCUUCAAGCUGGCUUUUGCCUCAGUGCGUGACUUGACCUCUGCGACUUUGGAAGGAGACAAGGUAGGGUCAUGCGAAGUUACUUUUGCGCCAAAGAAGCUGAAGGAGGUGAAAGUGACCGCCGAUUGUCAACAUCGCGGCUUCUUUCCCACUGGAGGUGGCUUGGUGAACCUUUUUGUCGAUGGCCUGAAAGGCACCUUGAAGCCAAUCGUGAUAGACAAGCGAGGGCAUGUCAGCAAAGUGGAGGCCAUUUGUUAUGCCACCCCACCAAGCGGCUGGCUAGAGGAUGAAGAUGUCAGCAGGACCGGGAUGGGAAAGGCAUGCUCGCAAUACAUCGAAUCCUGGUGGCACAGUCUUCAUCGCAAGGAGCUGGCGGAUCGCGACGGGCCAAAGCCAAAGGUGCAGGUGACUUGCGAACCUCAGCAGAUGCCAGAGGGUCAAAAGGCCCAACUGGGGAAUGCAUCAGCAGUGAGACAGGUGUUCAAGGCCAGCUGUGACAUUCUGGCAAUGGACCCAGGACGCGGCUCGUUGUACGAGAUCUGGGGUGCUUCUGCAGAGAAAGCGCCAGAGGAUCAGUUGAUUUUGCCUGCUACAUUGGCCGAGGGGACUUCACGUCUUCUGGGGUCCAAGGCCCAGACAGCUUUGUACAUUGCGGAGAAAAUGGUUCCGGGUGUUGGCAUCAAGGCAGGUUGGGCGAUGGAUUUCUAUGGAUUUCUGCUGAUAGGUUUGCAGCUGGUGGAGAUUACCGGCAUUGGCCGCAAGGCCCAGGAACAUCUUCUCAACACUCUGCGAGGGGAUUUGGGACACCUCUCAGCCAAUUUCGCUUUGCGAGUGGAGGCAGAGGCUGCCUCAGACAGCUUCCGCAUCCAGGGCUGCGAGGGGCCCGAUCAUGCUGCAGCGGUGCAACAAGAACUGCAGGGCAUCUGCAAGUACUACAACUUUCCACCGCCUCAAUG